CAUGAGCGCCGUACUUCCUGUUUGUAUCAGUUGAGAAAACGUCAAUGAUGUAACCAAACAAUUGCAAUUUCUCUCACUGUUAUUUUGUUUAAUGUGACAAUAUGGGCGUCGUGUCCAAUCUUCUAGUUGGGCUGCUGUCCAACGUGCUGCUGAUUUACGCGGCGCCUCUUUCACCUGUAAAUAGCAUUUACCUGCCAAGCAUAGGGAGAUUCUGGCACAUCUCUGACCUGCAUUUGGACCCCACGUACCAUGUGACUGAUGACCACACCAAAGUGUGUUUCUCUUCUAAGGGUGUCCCAGCCUCGAACCCUGGUCUGUUUGGAGAUUUCAUGUGUGACUCUCCCUACCAGCUCAUCCUGUCAGCCUUUCAGCACAUGAAACAAGUGGCCCCACAGCCAGAGUUUAUGAUCUGGACAGGAGACAGCCCUCCACAUGUCCCUGCAGGGGAGCUGUCCACAGACGUGGUAAUCCAAGUCAUCAGCAACAUGACUCAAACCAUCAGGGAGUUCUUUCCAGACAUGCUAGUGUACCCCGCCCUUGGGAAUCAUGACUACUGGCCACAGGAUCAACUUCCGACGUCCACUAAUGAUAUUUACCAGGCUGCAGCCAAACUGUGGGAGCCUUGGUUAAAGCCAGAAGCCCUUGUAACUCUCAGAGAAGGUGGAUUUUACUCUCAGAUGGUGCAGCCCAAGCUGCGACUGAUAAGCCUGAACACUAUCCUAUACUAUAGCCCAAAUAAAGUGACAGUGAAUAUGAGUGACCCGGCUGGACAGUUCCGGUGGCUGCAGGACACCCUGGAAGCAUCUGCUCAGAGCAUGGAGAAGGUCAUUGUAAUUGCUCAUGUUCCAGUGGGUUACUUGCCCUUUGCCAGGAACACCACCGCCGUCAGAGAAGCCUACAAUGAGAGACUUGUGAAGAUCUUUCGCGACUACAGUGACAUCAUCUCAGGGCAUUUCUAUGGCCACACUCACAGAGACAGCAUAAUGGUCUUGCAGGACCAACAAGGGGAACCGAUUAAUUCCCUGUUUGUCACACCGGCUGUUACUCCAAUCAAGAGUGCAGAAGAGCCGUACUCCAACAACCCAGCCUUCCGCAUGUACCACUAUGACCCACAGGACUACAGGCUGCUGGAUAUUUGGCAGUACUACUUGAAUCUCACCGAAGCCAACCAAGAAAAAAGAUCUGACUGGAAACUUGAAUACGUAAUGACUGAAGCGUUUGGAUUAAAGGACAUUCAACCACACAGCCUGUUUAAACUUGUCUUGAGUUUUGAAAUGCAGCAAAGCAAAGCAUUUCAGAAGUAUUUUAGCCAUUUUAUGGUGAGCUAUGAUGAUACCAUUGUGUGUGAUGGGGCCUGCAAGCUGACUCAGGUCUGUGCGGUGCAGUCCUUGGACCAUGCCUCCUAUUCCAAAUGUAUUGAGAAGGGACAUUAAAACAAUUAUAUUCUU